AUGGUGACAACCGACUACAUGGAACCGGCGUCUGCGCUCGUGCUGGGACCGACCGGGGGGAUCCCCCGAGGGCGAACCACUGUGCGCAUGUGGAAGCUUUCGACGAUGGAGAUCACGCAGACGAUCAACGUGACGAAAGUGACCGGGAGGACGCACCGCGGCAACUACACCGGCUUCAUGGACGUGAAGUUCAUCCCGGGGGAUCCCUCUGGGCGGUCCUUCGCGAACGGGGGCGGCGUGAUCUACCUCAUCGACCCGGUAGCCGGGACGGCGGAACCGACCUACGUCUUCGCUUCGCCUGAAGUGGGUCCGUGCGUUCUGGCGAUAAGCGCGGACGGAACGCGCCUCUGGGGCACGCUCAACACGUGGGGCCAGGUCUACAUGUUCGACGCGAGCCGCCCAGAAAAGCUCGCCGUUCUAGAUGUCCUCGAGCUGGGCCCGUUCUCUGGGCCACAUUUCAUGCUGCUGCUAGAGCCCAAAGAAGAUCGUAUCGUCGUCGCAAAUUACUUCAUUCAAAUGCCGCCGGACAUGGGGGUGAUCGCCCCGCCUGCGGAUUACAAGGUUAGGGUCGCUAACCUGACCGAGAACGGGACGCGCAUGGUGCUGGACGAAGGGUUCGACGUGGACUUCGAUAACCUGCCGGGGGUGCCGCCGUCUAACCCGCAUGGGUUAGCGUACUUGUAA